AUGGUUCAACCCAAGAUCACGUCUUUGCGCUUCGAGCACCAUCCCACCGGGCUGGGUGUCUCUUCUCCUACCCCCCGCAUCUCAUGGCGCGUCGAGUCAGACCCUAUAGCAAAGGAUUGGCAGCAGACAUCUUACGAUAUUAAGAUCUCACGUGGCUCUGCGCCGGCCCAGGAAUUCCACAUCGAGAGCGCUUCGACAGUACUCGUUCCAUGGCCUGACACUCCUUUGGCAACAGGCGAAAGAGCGACAGUCGUCGUUAAGUCUUACGGGACCUCAGACAAUGCCCAGUUGGACUCUGGAUGGUCUUCGGAGGCAACAGUAGAGACCGCUCUGCUCUCGCGCGAUGACUGGAAAGCUACGCCCAUCACCGCACCCCCGCGUACUGCCUCGCACCCAGAUGAGAGAGGAAUCCGGUCGGUCCGAUUCCGAAAAGUGUUCGACUGCCCCGAUGUGAAAGGCGGCGGUAAUACUAGACUCUACAUCACUGCGCUAGGCUUAUACGAAGCGUACCUGAACGGCCACCGCAUCGGAGACGAGUGGCUCGCCCCCGGCUGGACUGCUUACCAGCAUCGCAUUCAGUACCAGGUAUUCGAUGUAGAGCAUCUCUUGAAGCCUGGUCAACGGAACGUUCUCACAGUGGAAGUCGGCGAAGGAUGGUACGCGGGCCGAAUUCUUUGGGGUGAGGGCUUAACCUGCUUCUACGGCGACCGCAUUGGUGUACUAGCUCAGCUCGAGAUCCGCGACGACGAUAGAACAGGGCCAGCUUUGAAGCUUGUGACGGACGAUUCAUGGGAGUGCAGGUCCUCACCAAUCGUCGGAAGCGACAUCUACGACGGUGAGACGUACGAUCUCGGCCUCGAAGUAAACGACUGGCAUCACGGCGACCACAGCGAAUGGACCACCGUUGAGACGCUACCGUUUCCGAAAGCCACACUCAUAGCAGCAUCCUCUCCACCAGUCCGCACCACUGAGACCGUCAAACCCAUCAAAGUCUUCAAAGACAUCAACGGCAAGACACUUGUCGACUUUGGUCAGAAUCUCGUCGGAAAACUCGUCAUCCCAGAGCUCGUGAAGCCAGACGGCCACCGGCUCACCAUCCGCCACGCGGAGGUCCUUGAAAACGGCCAACUCGGAACCCGCCCUCUCCGAGCGGCAAAAGCAACUGAUGCGAUCAUCUUUGGUGGCGGCCGAGUUCUGGAGAACUGGUCCCCUCACUUCACCUAUCACGGCUUCCGCUAUGUCGAGCUGGACGGCUGGGACGACGUGACGCUAAACUCACUCUCCGCCGUCGUCAUGCACACCGGCAUGCAGCGAACAGGCUUCUUCUCCUGCUCUAAUGACGAAGUCAACGCACUGCACCGCAACGUCGUCUGGAGCAUGCGCGGGAACUUUGUCUCUAUUCCCACUGACUGUCCGCAGCGCGAUGAGCGGCUGGGCUGGACGGGCGACAUCCAAAUCUUUAGCCCGACAGCCUCGUUCCUGUACGAUUGUGCGGGCAUGCUGAGCAACUGGAUGCGAGACGUGCUCCUGGACCAGAAGGACGCCGGCGGCAUUGUCCCGCUCGUGGUUCCCAAUGUUAUGAAGGAUGGGCCCUGGCCUUCUGUGCCGCAAGCAGUAUGGGAUGAUGUUAUUGUGCUAGUGCCUUGGACUUUGUAUAAGUGGUUUGGUGACGCGGGCGUCUUGCAAGAGACGUAUGCGGGUAUGAGAGACUACAUCAAGUCCAUCAAGCGCGGGAACGACGGUUUAUGGGAUUCUUCACUUUGGCAGACGGACGGCACCCUCGUCGCGGACGCCUAUCUGGUUCACGUCACCGGCAUCGUGUCCCAAAUCGCCAGCAUCAUCAAUCUUCCAUCUGAGGCUGAGGAGCUCGCUAGUGAACACAAACGGCUCAAGCAGCUCUUCCAAGAUAAGUACGUCACCAAAGCGGGCUUUAUCGUCGCGGAUUCCCAGACCGCGCUGGCACUGGCCCUACUCUUCGACUUACACGACACCACCGCCCAACGCGAAGCCGCAGCCGCAAGACUCGCGCGACUUGUGCAGUACUCUAAGUUCAGAGUAUCCACCGGCUUCGCGGGCACACCCGUGAUCCUGCACGCGCUGUCAGAGACGGGAUAUGUCCAGCAUGCAUACCGUAUGCUUCUAGAGACGGGUUGUCCCUCGUGGCUAUACCCCAUCCGCAUGGGUGCCACCACAGUCUGGGAGAGAUGGGAUAGCAUGCUAGAAGACGGGACAAUCAACCCGGGCGAGAUGACAAGCUUCAACCACUAUGCUCUCGGCAGCGUCGCGAACUGGAUGCACGCCGGUAUUGGGGGGCUGUCGCCGCUCGAGGCCGGAUGGAAGAGAUUCCAGGUUCGGCCCCGGCCCGGAGGGGACCUGCGACACGCCAGCGUCGAGUAUCUGAGCCCGCACGGCUUGGUCCGGAGUCGAUGGGAGAUUGGGUCGGGUGAGAAGUUUGUUUUAGAGCUGACGGUGCCGCUGAAUACGUCUGCUGUAGUUUCUUUGCCGGAUGGCGGGCAGGAGAGGACGGUUGGGUCUGGGAGUCAUGUAUUUGAGAGCCGUCUUGCUCCGGGACUCAGGGAGGCGUGGCCUCCCAAAGCUCUGUUGACGCAAUUUGGACUUUGA